AUGCGUGCCUCCGUCUUGAACGACUGUUUGAACAACAUCAACAACGCUGAGAAGCGUGGAAAGCGUCAGGUCUUGAUCCGUCCUUCCUCCAAGGUCAUCAUCAAGUUCUUGUCUGUCAUGCAGAAGCACGGCUACAUCGGCGAGUUCGAGGAGAUCGACGACCACCGUUCCGGCAAGAUCGUCGUUCAGUUGAACGGUCGUCUUAACAAGUGCGGUGUCAUCUCUCCCCGCUUCAACGUCCGUUUGACGGACAUGGAGAAGUGGGUUUCCCAGCUCCUUCCUUCCCGUCAGUUCGGUUACAUGAUUCUCACCACCUCUGCUGGUAUCAUGGACCACGAGGAGGCUCGUCGCAAGCACGUUGCCGGAAAGGUUCUCGGUUUCUUCUACUAG